GUAUAUAACGCUUGUCGAAAUAUCGGAAUCUGUAUAACGAAGUGGCAAGGAGAACAGAAAGGGCUUAGCUUAACUGGAGUAAAAGAGAUAAAUGAACAGACUGAUUAAAAAUACAUAACGAUAAGGUUUCGCGUUAGGAACAACAUCAGAAUGUCAACCGCAUCGGCAUCCAAGGAAUCCACCAAGAGAUCCAACCAGAGGCAGCGGCAACUGCAGUCCCAAUACCAGUCGACCGCAUCCAAGUUCAAGCAUCAGAAGUCGCAGCAGCAGCAGCAGGGAUCCUCUAAAGGUGGGGGCAACAACAAACGGAGGAACAGAGCAGGACGUUGGCACCAGGGUGCUAGGCAGCUGCGGCAGUCACCAGUCACCAUUUGGAAUGGAGGCUUCUGUCCGGGAAUCGUCAGAGGAUCGUCCCGGAAGCAGAGGAAGAGCUCUUGGUUGGGGGGAAAGAUAUCGGCCCAACACCAGAUCCAGCAGCAGCACCCACGAAUACCCAGCUCACUGACGCAUUUCGCGGUUAGCAAGUGCUUCCUUGCACCACCUCCAACGGCGCUGCCCAACCCACCUGAGCACUGGACUUUGUCCAGGUCGAAGGGUAUGCAGACGGGCCUCUCGAAGCGGAAUCUCCUCGAUGAUUUCGAAACGCACAACUGUUGCUCAAUGUGCAGUCGUUACCUCACUGAUGCUGGAGGCUCAGUGUCUGGAGCAGGAUCUGGAUCUACGGCUGGAUCUGAAUAUGAAUGUGGAGGUUCGAUAUGAAUGUCUAGAACACCCGGUUGACCCCGAAGCCGCCAAUGAGUGGCAAAAAAAUCGAAAUGAACAUAAAGCCAAAAACAUAAAACGAAAAAUGGAAAAUGAAAAAACUUUUACAAAAAAGUGAAAACAUUUCAUCUGGAAAUGAGUAAUACGAAAAUGGACGCUACAAGCGCAG